ACUCACUCCCUCUUCGGUUCUUCCUACGCUUUCACUUCAUAUUUUUCUUUAUCAUAGUUCUAUUUCUUCCUUUUUCUAGCUUUUAACAUGCAACUCCUCUUAGUCGUUCAAUAUGCUGCUAUUUUAGCACUGCAACUUACUCCCAUCAAUGCAAACCCAGCCCCAAACGCAAAGGUCAAUGCACUUGUCUCUCGAGCAGCAGGCACACGCAAUGAUCCUCAUAUCGUCGACAUGCCAUGUACCGAUAUGGAAGAUGUAUGUGAAGCAGAUUGUAUAGCAAUUCUUUGCCACGGUAAAGAUCCGGUCAUGUUAGUGCAUCCCCUAUGAAAUAUGUAAAAUUUAAGACUAAUCAAAGAAUAGGCAAAAGCUUGCUGGGACCGCAGAUGCAAAGAAGAAGCAAAAGGAAGAUAAUUACAGAAAAAGUGGAGCAUACUUUGUUCCAUUCGAUGAGCCUUUGGAUAUGCAAAAGAAGCGAGGCAUUUCAGUUCCGAGCGGUCUCAUUCCAGGAGCACCGGUUUUCAAUAGCGCAGAGGAAACAACAUAUGAGUCAACUCAGCAAGGUGGGACAAACUGCAUUAUCUUCCCCGUUCCUCGGGAUCAACAAACUCGUAAGUGUUGUUAUUGCUUCUACUCCUAGAACUUUCUAAUGAAUAUAUUGUAUAGUCCAAGGAGGCAAUAUGCAAAACCAGUUUGGUCGUGUUGAUGAGGCUCUCAGAAAUAUACCCGAUGGACAGUUCUUCAAGCAAAGAUUUUCAUUCUUGAACUCGGAUACGUAAGAUCAUCAAUAUUUCGUGGUGCAAACUAUUUGAACUAAACAUGCAAUCAGACCACAUUGCUUGGCUCUUCAACAAAUCCCACCAGAUACUUCGAUUUGCCACAAGGAGAAGAAGAACAAGUGGGGAUUCGACAUGAAGAAGUUUGCUUUCGUAAUGGAUCAAGCUGCUAAGAAUCCACGAACUUUUACCAACUUGUUUGGUGGAUACAAGCGCAAGAGAAGCGAUGGUACAUAUGAACCAAUUGAGGAGGCCCAAGAGGUUCAAGAUGAGUAGUAUACUGAUAGAAUGAUGCAUACGUGUUGUAUACCUGGGUUGGAUAUAUGGAGUUAUAUUACUGUGUUUACAUUUAUUUUUCUCGGUUGGAAAGGAGUUAGGGCAUCGAGUUUCCACAAUGAUUCAAGUUCC